AUGGGAAACAACUAAAAUAAAAAGAAGUCAUAGAAUAACACUUAAAAUAUUCUAUAAGAUUUAAUGAAAUCUAACUUGAAAGCUCAAACUCAUAUUGACUUAAAGUUAAGAAAUUGCACUCUUAGUAAUGAAUAAGUUGCUUAACUUAACAAUUGUUUAGCUUAAUGCUAAAAAUUAGAAUCUUUAGUAUUAAAUCUUAAUAAGGAAAAUAUUUCAGAUGAUUAGAUAAAUUAAUUAUUUACUAAAUAUUCCUUCAUAAAGAACUAUGUUGAAACUGAUGUGAGCAAUGAUUAAAUAUACUCCCAAAUUUUGUUUUUCUUAAAAAUUUUCAAAAGAAAUCCUGAUUGUCCAAAACUUAGAUUAAAAGAAAUUGAAGCUUAAGGAAAUAUUCUAUUAGAAGAAACUAUGAGCAAUCUAAUUAAUCUUAACAGUUUAUAGCUAAAUUUAGAUGGAAAUUAAUUAGGAGAUGGAGGUGCAGUUUGGAUUUGCAAAUUAUUACGUAGAUGCAAAAAUCUUAAUAACUUAAACCUGCAGCUUUUGAAAAAUAAAAUAGGUGACAGUGGGAUGUCUAGUAUUACAGAAGGUAUUAGUAGUUGUGCUAAACUCACAACUUUAACUUUAAAUGCAGUUGCUAAUUUAUUUGGAAAAGAAGGUGCAUUUUCUAUAAGUACUACAUUAAGUAGUUGUAAAAUGUUGACUGAUCUAGAUAUUAACCUCUCUAACAAUUAAAUUGGAGAAGAAGGAGCAUCAGCUAUUUGUACAGUAAUAGGUAGCUGUUAAUUACUUGAGAAUUUAAAAUUUGAUCUAUCUAAUAAUAAAAUUGGUGAAGGAGGAGCAUUUUGUUUUGGAACAGCAUUAAGUAACUUAGAGUUACUUAUUAAUUUGAAAUUUUGUCUUAGGGAAAAUAAAAUUUCUGAUAAAGGAGCUAUAAAUGUUGGGUUAGGUUUAAUUUAAUGCAAUCAACUUAAGAAUUUAGAUAUUCGAAUGGAAUUUAAUCAAAUUGGAAAUGAUGGAGCUUCAGCUAUUGGUAGUGCUAUUAGUAACUGUAAAUUCCUUGCAAAUCUCUAAUUUUUUAUUAAUGGAAAUUAAAUUGGAAAUGACGGAGCAUAGCAUAUUGGAUUAUGUUUGAGUAAGUGCACUCAACUUAAAAAUUUAGUAUUUAGCAUAGGCUCAAAUUAAAUUGGGGAUGAUGGAGUUUCUACUAUUGAUACAGCACUUGGUAACUGCAAAUUCCUAACUAAUCUCAUAUUUAACGUUUCGUACAAUAAAAUCGGUGAUAAAGGAGCAUAAAAUAUUGGAUUAGGUUUGAGUAAGUGCACUCAACUUACACAUUUAGUAUUUAACAUAGGCUCAAAUUAAAUUGGGCAUGAUGGAGCUUCUACUAUUGGUACAGCACUUGGACACAAUAACAUCGGUGAUAAAGGAGCAUAAAAUAUUGGAUUAGGUUUGAGUAAGUGCACUCAACUUACACAUUUAGAAUUUAACAUAAACUUAAAUUAAAUUGGGGAUGAUGGAGCUUCUACUAUUGGUACAGCACUUGGUAACUGCAAAUUCCUUACUAAUCUCUCAUUUAGCAGUUGGUACAAUAAAAUCGGUGAUAAAGGAGCAUAAAAUAUUGGAUUAGGUUUGAGUAAGUGCACUCAACUUACACAUUUAGAAUUUGACAUAAG